UGAGGGGAGCGGGCGGCCAUGAAGCCGCGUCAGGAGGGUGAGGGGGGUCGGGCGGCGGGACGGAGAAGAGCCGCCGCCGCCGAGGAGGAGGAGGAGGAGGAUGUGUGGGAGCUGAAGGCGGCGGAGGGCGAGAGUUCCAGCGACAGCGAGAGCUUCCCGGGGGCUGAGGGCGCGGCGGGGGCUCUCGGGAGAGAUCAAUCUCACAUGUCUUUUGAGGAACUACUGCGGGUGCAGAGCGAUACAAGAACAAGAGUGUGCAAGCAGGUGACUGGUGGGAAGAAAACUGCAAAACCUGCCAAAGCUACGGUGAAGCAGCAACAAGGCAAAAAGGGGCCAUUGGAGAUGUCUGCCAAGAAGCCUGUACCUUUUCUGCGACAAGUCGUCUCUGUUACAAAGAAGGUCCGCAGAGACCCUCGAUUUGAUGACCUGUCUGGAGAGUAUAAGCCCGAAAUAUUUAUGAGGACGUACAGCUUCCUGGACAACAUCAAGAAGCAGGAGAAAGAGAUGAUUCAGAAGCAGAUGAAAAAGUGCCGGAAUGUGGAGCAGAAGGAGAAACUCCAGCACCUCCUGAACCGCAUGACACAGCAAGAACAGGCACAGGAAAAACAGCAGAAAUUGAGGGAGAGGGAGCUGUCUUUGAAGAGACAACAGAGGGAAUUGGCCAAGCAGGGAAAGAAACCCUUUUUCCUAAAGAAAUCUGAGAAGCGGAAAUUGGAGCUAGCCGAGAAGUAUGCAGAGCUGAAGAGGAGUGGAAAGCUGGAGAGCUUCCUGAACAAGAAGAGGAAGAGGAACGCUAUCAAAGAUAAGCGCCGCCUGCCCUCACAGAAAAACUUGUGACUGCUGGACAGACAUGCUGUUGUCUGGCACUGGGACUUGCUCUGCCCUGGCCAGUCCUGGAAGAUGGUCAUACCUCUUCCCAGUAUCUGCCUUUCACUGUACAGUGGGUGCUGUUAGGCAGCAGAGCAGAGGCUGAACUGAAGGAAAUAGUGCUUUUUGUACCUGAAAUGUCCUCUUCACUUGUGGUUUACACCACGCCUGUGUGGUGACGAGUCUGUCUUGCAGAUGCACAUGGUGUUGACAGCUGUCUCUGUCCUUGUACCUGCUCAUCUCUUCCUCUAGGUAGGAGAGCACGAGCCCUGCCCGGCAUUGCUGGCUUUACUCCAGGUCUUACCAGACACCAGCUGAGGUGGGAAAGGACCUCAGGUGGGUGGGCUCUGGUACAAUGCCUGCUCAGAGCAGGGCUAAACCUAACUUCAGACGAGCUGCUUCAGUUGGGUCUGGGAAUGCCCAAAGAUAGAUGCCACCACCUCUCUUGGCCUCUGCUCCACUGCUUCAAGUUCUCAAGAUGAAACUGUUUUUACCUUCUUCAGUAAACCUGCCUGGUUUUCGUCCAUAAUCAGUCUUGUUCUCAGUGAAGUGCCUGGCUCCGUCUUCUCAGUAGCUUUGUCGUGGGGGGUAGGAAAGGGGUGCUGUUAGGUCUCCCCAAAGCCUUCUCUUCCUGAGGGUGAAUAAACGCUGUUCCCUUAGCCUUUCCUUGCAGUGCUCCAGCCUCUGACACCUUCCACAUCCUCAACCGGAGUCAGCCCAGAGGACCAACAUCUAUCUUCUGGGGGCCCAGCCUGGAUGCAGUAUCUGGAUGGAG